AUGCACCGCCAGCCCUUGGUAAGGCCGACCCUCGCAUGCUCCACCAGACCACCUGCUGGCGUUGAAUCGCCCAGCCCAUCUCAACCACGAGCCAUCUGGCGUGCGGAGACUCUGCUGUUUGUCAUGACCGCGGUGCAUGCUCCCAAGUCGACAGCCCUACUAUGUAACCUGCCUAAACCAGCAGCAAGUGACCGCUUGACCACGACGAACAGACGCGACCGACCAGUGCAAUGCUAUGGACAGACGAAGAGUACGCCUGCUCGUGAACCAUGUCGUUUCAAUCUCUUACAAGCUUUGAGCCCAGCUUGCAGCAUGACAAACCUGCACCCGCCUAUUUUUCCUACCCUGCAAGAUAAAGUCGGAUCCAUGUCUCGCGUCCUGUCGCGCCAUUUCAUCCUGUGGUGGCGCAUACGCAACAACAAAGACCACACGCUGCAAGACCAAGUCACCAACACCCACUCCUGA